AUGGAGAAUAUUCAAAUUUGGUUAUUAGUAGUUGCAGCAUUGAGAAUGCUUGGUUUCACUCAAGCUUUCUUUAACAGCAGUAGAUUAAAAUCAAAUGUUUACUCUGCUGAUCCAAAGCAAGUUACUGGAUUAUUUUCAAGAUUAUUUGGAGCAUGGACAUUUAUGAGUUUCACAUGUUGUUUAGCCACUGCUUAUUCACCAUACAACAAGGAAUUAUUCUUUGUUACCUUUCUUUCCUUUUUAUACGCCUUUCUUCACUUUGCCACUGAAACUCUCAUCUUUAGAACUUCAAGUUUCAAGGAUGCCAUUCCACCAUUCAUUGUUUCAACUACUUCAAUGAUUUGGAUGGGUGGUACAUUUAGAGGGAUGUAA